AUGCGGAAACGGUGCGCGAGCGAGUGACGUCGCAGAAAAACAAAUAUCAACGGCCGGAGAUUUAAACUGAAAACAAACAAGAUCCGAAUAAAAUUCAAAGAUAACACGAACAAUACAUGGAUAAGCUGUGUGGACUGGUGUUUUACAAGAGAUCUCUCAGUUUGAAGGUUAAGGUACAGACUCAGGUUAUACAAAUAAUAGUGGUGGCAUAACCUGGUGUAAAUUGGUAAUUUGCAAUACAGAACCCAAUGACAUAUUCCAGAUUUACAGAUAACAGAGGCCUGCAGAGUAGUACGUGGCUUGAUGAAAAGACACUGAGGAGCCAAUAGACAACCAAAAGAAAGGAGACAAAAGAAAAGCAACAAUGAUGGUGAUGGAAGAAAUUCACAAAAAAGAAAAGAUGAGUAACAAAUAGAUUGUCAAGAAGUUUGGUGACAAAGUCUUAUGUCAGUAAGACAGAAAAUCAACCAAUAAGACUAGUUAAAAUUUGAUUUGGUUUGUUUUGAAAGAUCUUUUGAGAUUCUGGAACAAAAAACUAUGCAAAGGUCUUGCAAAAGAAAUAAGCAAAUUGCUAAUGGUGAAGACAAAACUGUUUUCUCCGCUGUGCAGAAAAAGCUACAAAAUCGUUUUGAUUUUGCCCAGUUUUUGCCUCAAGAGUUAACUCUGAAAAUUUUCAGUGAACUGGACGUUCGAAGCUUGUCUAAUGCUGCAAUGACUUGCAAAGCGUGGAAUGAUCUGAUCGAAACCAGUGACAGCCUUUGGUACAAUCAUUGCCUGACCAUAUUGGCUGUCUGCAAGCGGGAGCUGCAGUGGGAUCGAGCACAUGGACUUUCAUGGAAGGUUACUCUGAUGAGAAACUACAAGAAAAGCAACAUAAAACGAGCAUGGUUAGAUGGUCAGUACAGUUACAUUCAUUCUGCAGCCGAGCUGUUGCACAACAGUAUGUGUGAAAUGGAUGCCGAUGCUUGGGGAGAGAUACUGGAGGCUGAACUGGAAAGAUAGUGUUGUGUUAAUUUGGACUAUUUAUUGCAGCAUCAUGCACUCACAAAAAAAACUAAGAGCACUCGAAUAAAAGUAUUUGUUUUAUUCAUCAAAUGGUUUAUGUUUUUAAAAGUAGUAAACAAGAAAUUUUAUUGCAUUUGUCAUCUUUUAAUUGAAUACUUAAAGAUGGAAUUUAUUUAAAAAUUGCAAUUUUAUUGAAAUAUUUAAAAGUAUAGAUCCUUUUUUAAGAAAUGUGUUCUACUGUUUAAGCACUUUUGGGUUUUUUUGUAAAUUGAUCGUGGAGAUUGUGAUAAUAGUACUGUAAUUUUGGUUCCUGUCUGUACUAUACAGUCAGAAAUAAACCUUG